UUGUGGGCAGAUAUGCGCCAAACCCCUCCGGAUAUGAAGGCGUUAAUGUGUUCGUGCGCUCGUGAGGGUUUGCAUUGGGGGAGGGGACCCCUGCACAUCACUGAGUGUGUGUGGAUGGCGUGGGCUUCUCUCCUCCUAACCGCACAGCAUCAUCACUCGGUACACAGCAAAGACUCGUAGGCAUCAUCAUCCUCCUCCUCCUCCUCCUCAUCAUCACCACCAUCUCCGGGCUGAAGAGGGAUCACAUCGCAGGAAUAAAGACAUAAGAAGAGCCUGUUGUCAGUCAAGUGACUGACAGCUAUUUAAGUCUGUGAGGUGUAUCCUGAACACACUGAAGCUUCAGGUGGCUUCUCCUCUAAAUCUUUGACCACUUUUGCAUCUUCUGAACCUCUUUACAAUGGAGGAAGGCUACCAAAACCGGACUGCCUUCAUAAAAGGCGCCAAAGACAUUGCCAAAGAAGUCAAGCGGCAAGCAUCUAAGAAGGUCGGCCGUUCAGUGGAUCGGGUGAGUGAUCAGUACAGCAAGCGCUCCUACAACCGGUUUGAAGAGGAUGAUGAUGAUGACUACCCCACUCAGGGAAGCCAGGAUGGAGGCUAUUACCGUGGAGACAGCCAGGCGGCCAACGACGAUGAGGGCGGCCACAGUGACUCCACAGAGGGUCAUGAUGAGGAUGAUGAGAUCUACGAGGGUGAGUACCAAGGAAUUCCCCGGGCUGAAUCAGGCAAGGGCAGCCUGGCUGGAGGUCCGGGCUCAGUGACGGCCGGCGCUCAGCAGUUCAGAGAUAUUGGAGCGUCCGAGGCCGAGAGGAGGAAAGACCAGGAAGAGCUGGCUCAACAGUACGAGACCAUUUUACAAGAAUGUGGUCACGGGAAGUUCCAGUGGAGCCUGUACUUUGUGCUGGGGCUGGCUCUCAUGGCAGACGGUGUGGAGAUCUUUGUGGUCGGGUUCGUCCUGCCCAGCGCUGAGAAGGAUAUGUGCCUGUCUGAACCUAACAAAAGCAUGCUAGGUCUGAUUGUAUAUUUUGGGAUGAUGGUUGGGGCUUUCCUCUGGGGGGCUCUGGCUGACCGGAUAGGCCGUCGGCAGUCUCUUCUCAUCUCUCUCUCCAUCAAUAGUGUCUUCUCCUUCUUCUCCUCCUUCGUCCAGGGCUACAGCACCUUUCUGUUUUGCCGGCUCCUCUCAGGUGUUGGGAUUGGUGGCUCGAUUCCCAUCGUGUUUUCCUACUAUUCUGAAUUUCUGUCCCAAGAGAAGCGCGGUGAGCACCUCAGUUGGCUCUGCAUGUUCUGGAUGAUUGGGGGAAUAUACGCAUCUGCCAUGGCCUGGGCUAUAAUCCCACAUUAUGGAUGGAGUUUCCAGAUGGGCUCGGCGUAUCAGUUCCAUAGCUGGCGUGUGUUUGUGUUAGUGUGCGCAUUUCCUUCUGUGGCAGCCAUCGCUUCCCUCAGUGCCAUGCCAGAGAGCCCACGCUUCUACUUAGAGAAUGGCAAACAUGACGAAGGCUGGAUGAUUCUGAAGCAAGUUCACGACACUAACAUGCGAGCAAAGGGACACCCAGAGAAGGUGUUUUCUGUCACCACGAUUAAGACGGUGAAACAGAUGGAUGAGUUGGUGGACACUGGCACCGAUACUCCAGUCCUGAAACGCUACAGGCUAAAGAUUAUGAGCCUUUCCCAACAGAUUCGGAAUAACAUUGUUGCCUGCUUCAGCCCAGAAUAUAAACGGACGACUUUCAUGCUCAUGGCUGUUUGGUUUACCAUGUCCUUCAGCUAUUACGGUCUGACAGUGUGGUUCCCAGACAUGAUCAAGUACAUCCAGAAGCAGGAAUAUGAAUCACGCACAAAGACCUUCAGUAAGGAACGAGUGGAGCAUAUCACUUUUAACUUCACCCUGGAAAACCAAGUUCAUCUUGAAGGACACUAUUUUAAUGACAAGUUCCUCAACUUGAAGAUGAAGUCCAUGGUGUUUGAAGACUCUGUGUUUGAGGAGUGCUACUUUGAAGACAUCACCUCCACACACACCAUAUUCAGAAACUGCACCUUUGUUGCAAGUUUGUUCUAUAACACAGAUUUGUUCAAAUACCGGAUGGUCAACUGUAAACUGGUCAACAGCACGUUCCUCCACAACAAGGAAGGCUGCAUGCUCGACUUCAGCGAUGACUUCAACAAUGCCUACAUGAUAUACUUUGUCAACUUCCUCGGCACGUUGGCAGUGUUGCCUGGCAACAUCGUGUCAGCUCUAUUAAUGGACAAAAUUGGGCGUUUAAGGAUGCUGGCGGGAUCUAGUGUCAUAUCUUGUGUCAGCUGUUUCUUCCUGAUGUUCGGCAACAGUGAGUCGGGGAUGAUUGCCCUCUUGUGCCUGUUUGGUGGCAUCAGCAUUGCCUCGUGGAACGCCCUGGAUGUGAUAACAGUGGAGCUCUACCCCUCUGAUAAAAGGACCACAGCGUUUGGCUUCCUGAAUGCCCUCUGUAAGCUGGCGGCCGUCCUGGGCAUCAGCAUCUUCCAGUCAUUCGUCGGCAUCACCAAGGCUGUACCCAUUUUAUUUGCCGCUGGCGCACUCGCUGCAGGUAGUUUCCUUGCAACCAAGUUGCCUGAAACACGAGGCCUAGUGUUGCAGUAAAACAAAAUGACCAGCAGUGGGCAGCAGAGCACAGCCAGCGUGUGUGUUCGACAACUAAUGAGCCCGAACAUCCCUGAGAGCUUCAGCGCUGCCCGUCACACACACCAACAGAGCUGACUGCCAUCCCCAUUGUAAGCCCAGAAUCCUUUGAAAUAUGGAUUGCAUCAUUCAAAGUCUAUACAGAGCCACAGCGAUUAAGAGAAGAGCACACAGAUGUAGAAUUAAAUACCUGUGUCAUGAUAACACAACUACAUCUGAAUGAUAACACUUUCAGCUGCACCGUCAGGUACCAAAAACAUCUCAAAAGUGUAACAGGGUGAUGCAGUACAAAUUGUGGUGUGCAGUAAGGAUAACAUGAUCAUUCCUGGGAGUUUUCUCUCACCAGCCCACAGAUAAUAUCAAACACAUUUGAGAAGACGCAGAUGUCAAAUGAAGAGACGAGACAGAAAAAAGCCAUUUAUAGGGGAACAUGAAAAGAUUUAGUCCAUAUAUGUCGUCAGUUUUUGAAUAUGACUGCAGUGUUUUUCUUUCUCGUCUAUCCGCGGCCUCAGUGACUGGCUUUCAGUGCUGCUUUUUCAUUUGCUGCUUGUACAGUUCACUUCACAUUUCCAUCCAGGCUGAUGCUUGUGCUUUGAUGAUGUUGUUCUUUGAAAAGAUCUCACAAUUUCAUGGUAAAAAUAUUUUCUCUAAAAAAAAUGCCCAUGACCUUCGAACCACUGCCGAGCCAGACCGGUUUCUACCAAAUAAUAUGAAAACAUUCCAGUGAUGCUUGAUUUAUUCAGAAACAAAGAAAGUAAUUUUCCUUGUCCCUUCAUAAAUUCAGUCCACUCCUCUAUUGACAGCCUCAAAACACAGACAGGUGAAGAUGCAUUUCACAGGAUUCUCUGUUGUAAAUGGGAUAAGUUGGAUCCAGCUCCUCAGUGUUUAGUGUUAAACUAAUGUUUUUCCCUCCCUGUUGUUGAACCAUACAGCAGCGGCGGUGUCAUGUUUGCAACACAGGGACGUCUGAGGGACGGAUUUUGGUCAAGUGCUAAAUGCAGAGCAGAUACUAUAGUGUAAUAUUUGCCUAAAUUAGUCGUGUGCGUGUGCAUGUGUGUGUCUUUGUUACGUGAGACAAGAGAAAGCGUCCAUUUAAUGCAAUUCAGUGCAGCCAUGUAGACCAUAACUUACUGAUCCAACAGCAGAAUGUACGGAACAUCGGUCCCCAAUUAAUUUAUAUCAAAUAGAUCUCAUGCAGUAGCUCAGGUGUGGUGAAAUGUUUAGGCCACGUGUACAGCUGGAAUUAUCUUUAAGCAUCACUCCAACAAAUUAUUCUACAUGCAGGAUAGUUUUCUGAUAUUUCUGAUUUAAAAAUAAAUAAUUUCCAGCUCCAUCUGAUAUGCAUAGCUGUGUUAAUCAGCCUUAAUGUGAACACAAGUCAUUUGAUUGAGUGUGAAGUUUGACAUAAAGCUUUCUGCAGAGCUUUCAACAGCAUCUGUUUCUUAGCAGAUUGCUUUGUGUUUAUAGAGAAUGAAAGCUCUGUGAAAAAAGCUACCAAAUUGACCUCAACAUUAUUUUUUUAUCAUUGUCAUUUGGUUGUUUUGUAUUCUCCUGUUUGGCCUCAAACAAACAAUGCAGUAUUCUUUCUUAAAAUUGUGUUAAUGCCCCUUAAAAGUCAUGACGUGACUUCAUUAUUCUCAUAAGCACAAAUCAAAUGGGACCAACAGAAGAAGAAUCAGUGAAAAAAGAGUCCUAUUGAUCAGGUAGUGCAGCACAAAGGGAAAACAGAAAUUACAAAUCCCUUCUCUAAUUUCAUUUUAAGGGCUUGUGUUCCUGUUAUUCUUUUACUGCAUUCUUUCGUGCCAGAAAAAGUGAAGUUAUCCCUCACUGUGUUCCUGUAUGAGAUAAGUACACAAGAAAAAGAAAAAUGCCUUUAUAAUAUUGUGACUUUUAUCCAAAUUGGACACAAUCGCUCUAAAGGAAAGCUAACUGAGUACAAUUAUUUAUACAUAUCACUACUUCGGUAUAAUUUCUCCAAAGGUAUACGUCAACAUGUGUGCUGACAAUCAGUGGGUGAGUAUGUGGGUGCUGCUGUUGCCCAGUAGAGUAUGUUGUUAGACCUAAAGACGUCUUCUGGAUUGUGUGUGUUUGUGUGUGAGAGAGAGACUUUAAAAAAUAAUUCAACAUUUUGAUAAGUGCGCUUAUUCAUUUUAUUGCAGAAAGUCAGAUGACAAGAUACCACCAUGUCUGUGUGUUAAGUAUAGAGUUGAAGCCAGGAGUUGAAUAUCUUAGCCUAACUAAGCAAAAAUACUGUAAAUGGGGAAAAAGCUAGCCUGGCUCCGUUCAAAUGCAACAAAAUCUGAAGAAAUAGUCUGGCACAUAACCCCUCAUAAAGCCACAACUUGUUUUUACAUUUUAGUUUUUGUAUGUAUUAAAUAAAAAGGAUAUAUUAUGUUAAUUAGUGAGCUAUAGAGGUGUAAGUAAGUGGAUUUUGUUACCUUUGGAUUCAGCCAUGCUAGCUGUUUCCUUCGGUUUCCAGUAUGUAUGCUAAGCUAAGAUGUAUAUGUUGUGUACAGUCAUUAAAGCAGUAUCAAUUUAACUCUUAUAAAGAAAAAGCGCAUUUACCAAAAUGUAAAACUAUUCCUUUAAUGCUGUCUUAAUGCUCUGUUUUAUCUGGCGUGCAUUCUAAGGGAUCAAAUCUCUCCUUCCCUGUCUUGUGCGUAUUAAACAAAACAUGAAUGUCUUGUUCAUGUUGUUGAGACUGUUUGGAUGUGUUGUUAAUGUACCGAUGUGUGUGUGUGCGCGUGUGUGUGUGUGUGUGUGUGUGUGUGUGUGUGUUAGCUGAGUCUAAAUUGUCUUUCACAUAUUUUUCUACUUUUUUCUGUUGCGGUGUUUUCAUCCCUGCGAUGAAUCUACAGCUCAGUUGGGGACCACGGAAUUAUAUUUACACUAAGAGAA